AUGCAGCUGUCUACCUUCUUCGUCACCUUCCUGGCUACCGCCGUCCUCGCCAACCCUACCAAGCGUGGAUAUGAAACUGCCUACGACCCUUGCAGUGGCCUUGAAGACACUCCUCAAUGCUGUGCCACCGACGUUCUUGGUAUAGCAGAUCUUGACUGCGCUGCCCCCAGCUUGGUUCCCGUCAACGCGCCUGACUUCAAGAAUAUCUGCGCUGCCGUUGGAAAGCAAGCCCGCUGCUGUCUCCUACCCCUCCUUAACCAGGACAUCGCUUGCUCGACCCCCGCUGGAGUCUAA